AUGAAAGUUGCUAUUUCAACUGCUGCCCUCCUUCUGGCGAUUUCUCCGUUUGCGUUUGCGCAAAGUGACCUUGAACGUGCAAAACAAGAGUUCACAAGGCUACGAGAUGAGUUAACAAUCGUUAACAAGAUAAGCGACAUUCUGUUCCUGCUCGAUACCUCUGGUAGUUUGAGCUACUCUGACUUUGACACUGAAAAGAGAUUCGUCAUAAACUUUUUGAACACUUUACCUGUCCACAUGCAAGCAGCCAGAGUAGAGGUCAUCCCUUUUGGUGAAAGAGCCAGCCUAUAUAUAGACGGAGUCUCCAGUCCCUCUUUGGUCAUGAACAAGUGUGCUCUCAUUCAAAAGCUAAAACAGAUGCCUCUCAGCAUCAAUGGCUUCGGAACGAAUACCAAGAGUGCCUUUCAGCUCGCUUACGAUGUCUGUCUUGGAAAAUAUAGCGCCAAUAAAAGAGGCCCAUUCAAUAAAGUGAGGACGGUGGUUAUUCUCAUCACAGACGGAAUGUGGAAUUGGCCGUUUCACGACCCCAGCCCCAUUCCCAUCGCCCAAAUGCUGCUUGCAGCAAAUGUAGAGGUCUUUGCAAUUGGUGUCAGACACUCAAUUACGCGUGAUACACUUCAAAAAGUGGUUAAAGAUCCAGCAAAACAAGCAUUUAUUUUAGGAGACUUUCUGGAGCUUGAAAAACUGUCCCUCUACCUUUCAGGAGGAGGUAAGUGA